GAAAAGGAGAGCAGACAUGGAGUCAGCCUAGAAUAACAAUCAAUAACUAGAGAAUUCAAUUCCUGAAGAAAGGCUGGUGUGAACGCUGUGUGUGGAAAAUGCUGACCUGCAAUCUGAACGGGAGUCAAAGGAGGAACACACCACAGCUGCCACGGCCACAUGUAAAUGUGAAGAAUUCUGCAGUAAAUGCAGAUGAAUUAGAGAUAAUAUUUCUGGAAUUCUGACUGUUAAAAAUGCCAGUGAUACAUCUGCUGGAAAGGCUCCCUCCAAAUAACCAAUGAGACUUCAGGCAGCAGGAGGCCGUCGCCCACAGGCAGCAGGUCUAUAAAGAGCAGCGCCUCCUCUUUCCGCCUGUCUCCCCUCCCGUCUCUCAUCAUGGCUCCGGUUCUCCUGCUUGUUCUGCUCGGCCUGGUUCGGCUCGGCUCGGCUCAGCCGGUGGAUCUGAAGAAGCUGCAAGCCGCUCUGCAGGAUCUGCAGGCCGAGAGGCGAGAGAUGAGCCUGCGUCUGGACAUGGCUGAGCGGGAACUGAAGAGAGUGAAAGAAACCCCUAAAGUUGCGUUCGCUGCCUCACUGGGAGGCAACGGCCUCGUGAAGACGACCAGCGGAAACAAAAACCUGAUCUACAGAGACCUGCUGACCAACGUCGGGGGGGCUUACAACGCCCAGACAGGUGAGUUCACGGCCCCGAUUCGUGGAGUGUACUACAUCCGCUUCACCGCCAAUGGCCCCUCAGACUUCCCCAUGAGCGCUGUGCUUUACAAAAACAACAACCAGAUCCAGCUGAUCGCCCACGAGCAGCCGUCGGGCGAGGGCAGCGACACGGCGUCCAACGGCGCCGCCCUGAUGCUGGAGGAGGGCGACAAACUGAAGAUGGUGCUGUGGAUCAACACGCAGAUCUGGGACAACAGCAACCACCACAGCACCUUCAGCGGCUUCCUGCUGUUCUCCAUGGUGGACGAACCUCCGAAAGAGUUUGACGCUGAGGCUGAGCUGAAGACCCUUCAGGUUUCUCUGAUGCAGCUUCAGUCAGAAAAUAAAGGCAUCGAAGAGAGACUGAACAGCACAGAGAGGCAGCUGAAGACGAUGAGAGAUGUACCGAAGGUGGCGUUUGCCGUCUCUCUCGGCGGUAACGGCCUCGUGAAGACGACGUCAGGAAGCAAAACUCUCGUCUACAAAGACGUCCUGACAAACAUCGGACAGGCGUACAACUCUGAGACGGGUGAGUUCACGGCCCCGAUUCGUGGAGUCUACUACAUCCGCUUCACCGCCAAUGGCCCCUCAGACUUCCCCAUGAGCGCUGUGCUUUACAAAAACAACAACCAGAUCCAGCUGAUCGCCCACGAGCAGCCGUCGGGCGAGGGCAGCGACACGGCGUCCAACGGCGCCGCCCUGAUGCUGGAGGAGGGCGACAAACUGAAGAUGGUGCUGUGGAUCAACACGCAGAUCUGGGACAACAGCAACCACCACAGCACCUUCAGCGGCUUCCUGCUGUUCUCCAUGUGAACCUUUCAUACGUCUCCAUUCAUUCUCCUCAUUCAUUAAAUAAACAGCUUGUUGCAUCAUUAAAACUCCAGGACUCUUGACUGUUUUUGUGGCUCCAACUUGAAUGUUGCAGUCUCGUCGCGGUGGGAAUCUUUUUCAUGAUUCGAUAAAAGUGGAGGAGGACUUCUUCACACAGUCUAUUGUAGUCAGACUGCUAAUUAUCAGUUUACAACCAAACAAACUAAAUAAAGCUCCAUCCUCACUACU